CCUACCGGAGCCCCGAUCGAGGUAUGCCAUCGGCGGGCCGCCACGCAAUGGCUGAUCACGACCCGGUCCGAAGAGAACACUCCAGCACUACUUAGUCCUUUCCAGCUGCUCUACUGGCAACUUGAAAGGACACCACUGAGCGCCUUCGCAGAUGGCGAACACCAGGGUCAUAAUAGUGGGUGCUGGCAUUGCCGGUCCUGUGCUUGCAGUUUUCCUGAAGACAAGAGGCUAUGACCCCAUCAUAUACGAAAGACUUCCCGGUCCAGGAGAAGGUGGACUCGGUUUCACGCUACAGCCCAACGGUGUCCGUGUCCUAUCGCUCAUCCCAGAGAUCCUAACACAGAUACCCGGCCAUUCUCCAGAUAGGAUGAUUCACUGUUCAUGCUUGGAUGGAGAGGAGGACAUCCUCGUUGAUAGCGAUAUCUCGCCAGCUACGAUGCGAGAACGAUUUGGCUUUCCCGUUAUUGGAGUCCGGCGCCCAGAGUUUCAGCGACUUUUGAUUGACACGGCCGAGAAGCACGGCGUCGAGAUUAAGUGGGCACACCAGGCCAUUGAAUUCAAGCAAAGCGAGGAUGCAGUAGAAGUCACGUUCGCGAAUGGUGCCAAGGACACGGCGAGCUUUGUCGUAGGUUGCGAUGGGUUGCAUAGCAAUACCCGGAUUGCGCUCUUUGGGAAAGAGAAGGCAGAUUUUACGGGGAUGGUGCGGGUCGGUGGGGUGUCUCCUACACCGCCUGCACUCCAGGGGAGACUUGCGCUGGUAAAUAAUUAUGGGGAUGGUCGUCAUAUGAUUGCGUACCCUGUUGCGGAAGACAAAUAUUCAUGGGCCAUCACUACUCGGGGAGCUGAGGCUAAGGAGGAUUGGAGAACGCAGAACGUAGAGCAACAGAACGAAAUCCGAGAAGGGCCUCUCUCUGCUUGGGGGUUCGGAGCCGGAGAUCUGGUAAAGACCGGCCAGAAGAUCGUGAAGUAUGGUCUCUAUGAUCGGCCUGAGCUUAAAUCAUGGUUCAAGGGAAGAAUUGCUCUUUUGGGUGAUGCGGCUCACCCCACAAGUCCGCAUCUGGCCCAAGGUGCCAACCAAGCCUUCGAAGACGUCUACCAUUUUAUGCGGCUCCUGAGGAAGCAUAACCCAUCUGCCGGCCAGCUGUCGACAGAACUAUUGUCGCGAGUGUUCGUUGAUUACCAGGAUCUUCGGCUAUUGCGUACAUCAGAGCUCGUAAGGGGGGCUAGACGGCAAGGGGAAAUUCGGGUCGUCGAAGGCGUCGAUGCAUGUAGGGCAAGAGAUGAAGCGAUCCGCGCAGGAUUGAAUGAUGAUGCAGCAAGGAGGGCACAUGACGAGUUGUUAUCUGGACCAUUUACGGAGAGCGAGAUAUAGUUAUUAUUCUGCGC